UCCGGUCUCAGGCCCAAGUCGCGGUUGGAUCCAGAAAAUCUCUUGCCUCUUCCAAGAAAGUGAACAACAACAACAACACGAGGGGAUCCCUUGCCGAUCCAGAACCACGGGUCUGCAAGUGCUGCACUUGUGCUGCCGUCCACGCAACCUCACCAGCCAAUCUAUCGCAUAGCAAAUCUAAGGCGACUGUUUCAAAAGUUGGCCUCGGCUUUAUAGUUGCAGUUAACAGCGACGGGAGGAUGCAGUCCUAUUGCACUCUGUGCCACGUCAGAUUGGGCCGCUCAAGUCACCCUACGGAAAACGUUCACUUACACAACUACAUGAAACGGAGGUUCCCAGAGCUGAACGACAAGCACUUGGCAGGCAUCAACCAGGAGAAGUUUGCAUUCAGCAUGGCUGAGGUCGAGAAGUGUCUGGGACUUCGGAAAAUCCAGACAAUAGCGGUGACUAACGACGAGUACAAUGAGCUGUCUAGUCUCCCAGAGGCCCAAGCUUUACAGAGAUUGGAGGCUCAAUUCCAGGUCUCAUCCAACUCUUUGGUGCCUGUGGGACAACAGAUUUCUUUUGCCUACUCGCAAGGAGCUUCAAGCCCGGAUGAUGUUGAUACAGAUGCCCUUGUUAGCACUGCUGAUGAUGAAUAUCCAACUCCUGAGCCGGAGGCCACUGUUCAAAGCAUCCAUGGAUUCCAAUGUGGCGAAGAGAUUUCUGAGAACCAGGAUUUUGAUUAUCCCGAUUUAAAGGAUACUGAAAAGAAUUGGGGAGGCACUGAGCCCUCAUCACUAUUGGUGGGACCAGACCCAAAGAUUGGUGAUCCAGGCUUUAUGGACAUUGAAGAGAAUCUGUCUGACUUGACCGAGCCCUCAACAUCAGUGUUGUUGGGACCAGACCCAAAGAUUGGUGAUGCGGAUUCCAAGGAGACUGAGAACAAUCUGUCUGACUGCGGCGAGCCCCCACCACCAACCCCGUUGGUCCUAGAGCCUCCGAUUGGUGAUUGGGACUUAAAGGCUGUCGAGAAGAAUCCAGAAGGCUCAGAUGGGCCCUCACCUCCAGAGGCAUCGGGAGCAGACCACUCACACAUUUGUAAUCCAGGCGUCUGUGAGGAUCUGGAAGGAUCAAAUAGGUCAGGACCACCAAAUUCAAUUGCAAAACGCAACGAUGGAAAUGUUGCACAGGCGCUCUGUCUUUCAGGAAAUGAAAGUAACUUGACCAUGUUUUUGUGGGUGAGGGGACUGUUCAACCAGCCAAUCUUAGGUCUAGCAUCUGUGUACGAGUGCCGUGGGGCGUCUGAAAAUUCGUUCUACCUGUGUGAGAGCUGUAGCCAGAAAUUCACAGUCAGUGACAUCUGCCUGCACAUGGUUAGCGUAAAGCAUCAGCUCAUGUACAUGCUGAUGGCCUAUCCACAUUUGAUGAAUUCAUUUUGGUAUGAGGACGACCUACGAGAGGAAAUGAAACUCACCAUCUUUAACCGUGUGGCGGUUGAAGUCGCUGCCCAGGAGCGAUCCAAGAAGAUGGACGCAAAGGUUUUAGUCCUCUCUCAAGGCUUGUACGAGUCAGUCUGGAAAGCUCCGGUCAGAGAAGCUCUCAACAUGCUGCGGAGCACCACCUGUCAGUCUGUCGUGUCAUCACAACAAACUGCAACCCAGACGUCUGAGAAGCGGAGUGGACAGAACAUGGAUUUGUGUGUGGACUCGAAUGCCGACUCGGUUUCUUGCACCUCUUCGGCUAGCGCGUUCCUCACUCUGCAAGACACCCACAGAAAUUUGAUUAGUCCGCCAGAACUGACUGUUUCCAGUCCUGUCUCUAGGGUGCCACCUGUCAACCAAGUGAAAGAGGAGGUGAUGCCCUCAAAAUGCAGGCCUCCUGAAAAGUUGGGUUCGCUCACCAAACCUCCUCUUUUUCAAGUGAAGAACGAACCAAUGCUCUCAGAGUCCAAACCCCCUGUAAGACUCUGUCCUAUCAGUCAGAAGCAACCUGGUUUACAAGUGAAGGCUGAUCUUGUGCUCCAUGAGUCUGGAAUUGUAAAACCCAUUUCUGAGGAACCGCCGAGUUUUCAAGAGAAGGCUGACCUGAGCCCUUCACAGUCCGGAUCUGAUGCAACUGUUGGUCCCGUUUCUGAGCAGCAGCCUAGUUUUCAAGUGAAGGCUGAACUGACGGCACCAGAGUCCGGAUUUCUUGAAACCUCUGGUCUGAUUUUUGAAGAGCAACGUAGGAAACAACCGAAGGCUGAACAAAUGCCACAAGUGUCCAGAUCUCCUGAAACUGCAGGUCUUGUUUCUGUGGGGCAGCGUUGUAUUAAGGUGAAGUCUGAAGUAAUCCCAAAAGACGAUGGAUCUCCGAAAACUACUGGUGUAGUUUCUGGAGCCUGGCCGGGUUAUCAAAUCAACACUGAACCGCCGGUUAAGGAACGGAGCUUUCCUCUACCAACUGCCUCUUUGUUGCCAAUGCCGCAGAUUUGUCAGGUGAAAGAUGAAAUGGCUCCCUCUUCUUCCGGAUCCUCUGCAACUCCCAUUCCAAGCUCGAAACCAGCGCCUAGUUCUCGCGUGAAAGAUGAAACGUUGCUCUCAGAGAACAGACUUCCUUUAAGUACUGGUUACAUCCCCGCAGCACCGCCAAGUUCUCAAGUGAAAGAUGACCCCGUGUUCUCAGAGUGCAAACCCCUUGUAGCUACUCCUCCAGCCCCCAAGAUGCCUUCUAGUUUUCUGGUAAAAGGAGGGGCACGCUCCAAAGGCGUUGCUGCUCCUGUAACUAUGGGCCCAACAAUUCUUCAAGAUAAAUACCUUCACACCAGGAAAAGAGAAGCUCUCGAGUCUCUGGGUGAACUAAUCAGGAUUUGCACCAGUAAGACCAAGCUCUGUGAUCUUCCACCUGUCAAAUGCAGACAGAAAACAGCGGAAGCAAAGUUGGCAGAGCCCUCUAUCGUCAACCCUCCAAUGAUUCCAGGAGAUCCGCGUAAUGGUGACCGAGGUCUGUGGUAGAAAAACCCAGGUGUCGGACAUCCCCUCCCAAGGCAGCAGACGGAAUUGCUGCCAUCACCAGUAACCCAGCCCGUAGUGUGUCAGUUUUGUAUGUGCCAGGCCAUCACCACGAUUGAUAUGUGAUGGAAUAAAAUUGGGAACAAAUGA